CCCCGAACACUCAGCUCGCUCACUGAGCUACAAAGAAAAGCAACUUCGAGUUCGUUGUGAACAAAUUCAAUGGAGGGCAAGCGGAGCAAAAAGCGAAAGAGAGCGAAACGCCUCAAAUUUCAGAACGAGAAGGACGAUUCUGCGGCGGUUGAAGAAAUCGAUGAACGCAAAGAAGAAGAAGAGUCUGCUGCUUGUGCUUUUGCCAAGCGCCCAAAAUCUCAGGGCCUCUCCAAAUCCUCCACCUUUCUCGAGAAAAUGAGAGCUAGGUUAUCAGGAGGGCAUUUCAGGAUGAUUAACGAGAAGCUCUACACUUGCACUGGAAAAGAAGCGCUUGAGUAUUUCAAAGAGGACCCAGAAUUAUUUAAUGUUUAUCAUGCAGGAUAUCAAGAGCAAAUGUCACAUUGGCCAGAAAAGCCAGUUAAUAUAAUUAUAAAAUGGCUAAAGGAUCACAGCCCUUCAUUGGUUGUAGCUGAUUUUGGCUGCGGGGAUGCACAGCUUGCAAAAAAUGUGAAGAAUAAAGUAUUCUCCUUUGAUCUUGUCGCAAAUGAUCCUUCAGUAAUUGCUUGUGACAUGUCCAAGACACCCCUUGACUCUUCAGUCGUCGAUGUUGCUGUUUUUUGCCUCUCGCUUAUGGGGACUAACUUAGCAAGUUACCUCAAAGAAGCACAUAGAGUCCUUAAAUCACGUGGCUGGCUUUUGAUAGCAGAAGUAAGGAGCAGGUUUGAUCCUAAUACUGGAGGAGCAGACCCAAAAACGUUCUCAAAAGCCGUCUGUGAGCUAGGAUUUACCUCUAUAUUCAAGGACUUCUCGAAUAAAAUGUUUAUUUUAUUAUACUUCAAGAAAAAGGAUAAGCAAACUUCAAAGAAGACGAAGGAAAUUGAAUGGCCUGAGCUGAAACCUUGUUUGUACAAGCGCCGCUGACAUUGAAAGCAAUUUUUUUUUUUUUUUUUUUUGGUUGUCCUCGCCCGUGGCAGUUAAUGUAUUAUUUACCAAAAUUUUCUUCUAUAUAUUAAAUUUUUUUUUACAAAAAUUUUCUUUUAUA